AUGAGCAGUCAUAAAAUGUGAAUUUUUUAAACUCGUUUCCUAAAAAUCUAUAGACGGAAACUCGCAAUGUUUCAUUUUGGUCGGUUGUUUGAAAACAAACAUGGAAUAUGACGAGAAGAAAGUAAGACCGGCUUCCACGAGAGCGUUGUUAAGGCAACAUGUGGAGGAACAGAGUGACCUUUGUGACCUUGUGGUCAAACAUGGACUCUGGUACAAGCGGUAUCACGCAUGUGUCCUGUGUGCUAGUCCGUUCAUCCAGGCUAUGAUUAGAAACAACUUUGAUGAAAAGACCAACGGGUGUUUGGAGCUGAAUCUUGGGUCCCCUGAAUCCAUCGAUAUGGCGAUAAUGUUCUUGUAUGGAAAGUGUCCCGAGUUGACUAUGGAAAAUGUAUCCGCCGUAAUCAAUCUGGCCGAGUUUCUGUUGAUUCCAAAUCUGAAAGCGUUAUGUACAAACUGGAUAAAAGAGAUCAAUGUAAGUGAGGACAACGUUGAAAAAUUGCUACAUCUCACAAGCCUUUUUGAUUUUGAAAUGCCCUCAUUGACUGAAUACAUUAGGCAACAUUUGACAGACUUGUUAGAAGGCAAUCAGUUACUGACAAUCACGGCUGAUACACUUGUUACUGUAUUGACGGAUGAAACCCUCUCUUUUCUCACGUCGGAUACAACGUUUGGAUUCCUUAUGAAGUGGGUAGAACUCUGCCCCGAAAAGAGAAAAUCAAAGCUCAGUGACAUACUUUCGUGCAUAGAACUGACAAAAGUUAAUGCUUCACUGAUAAAUAAGGCAAAAGAGGAUCAAAACUUUGAAGGAUUCGAAAGCUUAUUUGAAACCGUUGCUGGCGGUGAAAACACAGAAACAAUGCAGACUGUAUUGGUCACACUCAACGGAUAUGAUUACGAAGAAUUCUGGCUGUUUGAUCUUGAAAAGGAAAGAUGGUUCAGAAUAGAAGCAAGUAUUGACAGACAAUUCGACGAAGUAUUUCCGACCACAAUCAAUGAGUCCACUCUUUGUCUAGUGGAGACAUCAUAUGACAGAUGUACUGUACGUCUUCAAGAUUUUACAGCCGACCAGUAUUCCUGCACUUCCCUCCUUCUCACUACUUGUCAUGAUCAAAAUUCACAGACAUUCGAUGAUAUCUUUAUAUCAGGAAAACAUUGUUAUGUUGUUUCUAUUAAUUCUGUGGAAUCGACGAGGUUCGAAGAGGAACAAGUCCGCAUGCAAAACGCGAACGAGGAACAAUUGCGUCUGAUGUCAAUGCUGGGUGGUCCUAUCACGCUGAUGGAUGAUCUCGGAAUUGCAGGGGGAGUACACAAAUACUUAGAACAAAAACCUACCCUCUUCUCCGGAGCACUCAGCGAACAUGGUGAGCAAACAAUAUUGACACCACUGUUUUCGUUGAAUGUAAGUUUUGGUGUGAAAGUUGUUGCAAAUGAUGUAAAAUUAAUAGCGCUUUUUUCCGAAAAUGGUCAUUUCUUUUGCAUUUAUGACGAAAUUUCUAGUACGAUGAAAAAGAUGGAACUUGAAAUAGGUUGCAAUGAUGUGGUAAGUCCAUUCAAAGACGGGUUUGCUAUAUACAAUAACGAUAGGAUACUGUAUAUAAGAUCAAAUAAAGGUCCUCUCAUUGAAAGGAAAUUGACAGUUCAUGAGACAAUUCUUUGCGAGGACGGUUCCAGUUUGUUUAGCAGGUUUGCAAUAGCUGGAAACAAAUGGCUUCGUAUAAGAACAAAUUAUGGAAUAUUCCGCGAAGUCCAUUUCGAUUACACGUUUGAUGAGUUAGGAAGGAAGAAUCCAAACUAUGCCGAAUGGAAACAAAUCCCCCUUCCGAAUGAUUCCGUAGAUGAUCUUAUGGUUAGCAGAAUGCAAGAAAUAGCGAUUCCCCGCUCAAAACUGAAAUGUCAUGUGGAGUGCCCGCACUGUGUCCGUAUCAAACAGGAAAGACGCAGCACCAGGCGCUUUGCUGAGAAAAGCAGAAAUCGAGAUUGGAGCACUGAUGAUGACGAUUCUGAGGAUGACGUUGUCGUUGGAGAUUUCACCAGCAGCUAUUUUCAUGACAUUUAUGAUUUUUUUAAUCAUAUCAGUUCAGAAAUAGAGGACUCCAUAUAAGAAUCCGGGGUUAAAAUGAUCGAUAUUAUACGGUUGCCUUUUAGUUAUUAGCUUAACAACAACUGCAUGGCGAUUCAAAGAAUACCGUGUAUGUUUUUGCGCUCAACUUGUAUGUCAGUGGACCUGAACGAAGUUGAAUGUUUAAAUACUUUGAAAAUAUUCAACUUACAGCAAAAUUGCAAAUACAUGCAUUAAAGUAUGUUAAUAAUCGUUUAUAAAAUAUCAUGCAUAACAAUUAAUAUUGAUAACAAGUAGUAUUAUAUAAAGGUGCAACGUUUCAGAGCUGAGACUCAACGGUUUGAAGAAAGCAGUCAAGAUUGUAACUCAAGUCGUGGUUAAAUAUUGAAAUAUGUAUGAUUGAUUAGAUCUGCGUUAAAUGUUUAGAAGUUGUGUUUUGCAAUCUGACCAAAGAAUUCGAGAAUUCCCAUGCCUUAC